UUUCUCUAUCUAUUCUUCUUUUUAUUUCUCUCUGUCUGUCUUCUUCAUUUUAAAGUUCUGUCACAUUUUCUUUUUUAUCGACCGCAUUUUCCUUUUUUUUAUUUCAAGUCCUAUUCAAACUACUCUCGAGUUUCCUUUCAAAAGUUCUUGAUUGAUUGAAAACGUAUUACCACAGUAAGUACAUGUGGCCUGAAACGCGAAUUUUUAAUCGAAGAGGAUUUUGGAUAAAAAUUAUUUAAUCGUAUUUAUAAUUGAAUUUAUGAGUUAAAUCUGUUAAGAUUGCAUUCUUUGGGGGGUUUGGUUAAUGUUGUUUAGAAGUCUGUUAGGAAGAAUAUUUUGAAAUUGAUGAAUGUGUACAUGGGGGAAUUUGUUUAAAACAUUUUUAUAUUUUAGGUAAAAUAUUUAUAAUAUUCGUAUGUCAAGUCAUAGUAGGACUGGUAAUCCUAAUGGUGAAAAGUCUGGCGUUGGUGCAGGUUCUGGUCCUCAACAUCGUAAGAGGCAAUCACCAAAUAAUCAAGCAACAAUAGUGAACAGUCCUGGUUCGGCGGCUGGUGGAGUUCGUGAUCCUUCUUUGGCGACUUCAAGUAAAUUGCGAAAAGUUUCGACUACUGCUGUAUCAUCAAAUAAUGAAAAAGGACAGGAAGUUGUUUCAAAGACCAGUAAUAAACAAGUGGUUGCUUCUGAUGAAGGCGCAGCUGGUACAAGUACAGGGUCGAGACGUCCAGCUCGUGAACUCUCUGCUCUUAUUCAACCAUUCCCUGAGAGGGCUGCCAUUUCUGAGGAGCGUCUUACUCGUUCUAAAUCAAAAGCUUUGAAAGCAAUUGCCAAUGAAGGAAGUUCUUCUUCAAACACUUCGAAGGUUGGAAAAUCUGAUCUAGCUGCUUCGCAGAAUGCAGCCUCUUCGUCGAACACAACUGGAAGUCAUUCCGCGACUGAGAAGACGAAAACUAACGAAGCUUCAACAACUUCAAAAUCGGUUCAAUCGGGGUCUCAACGUGCCGCUGGAUUUCUUAGCACCAUCGUGCCUCGUAUGCAGCAUCUAUUAAACUCAACUACAAAUUCUACAACAGGUACUGGUAGCGCUGCUGCACGUGCAGGAUAUCUUGAUUCAAUUGUUGACGCCUCUUACAGCUAUUCGCGUCACCACCAUGCGACAACUCCGGCCAUGCUUUCGAUCGUAGAGGGUCUCAAAUCAUCGAAUGAAAUUCGUCAAUCAGAAGCGGCAUCUGAGUUAGCAGAGAUGCUAUUGCUAGGAAAUGAAGAGAGCCUUCCAAAUAUGCCAAUUGUUGAGAUUGUCCAAGCUCUGUGUGGACUCCUCCAAAAGGAUGAUAAUUUUGAAUUGAUGCUUACUGCUGCUCGCUGUAUCACAAAUAUGCAGGAAGCGCUUCCCCGAGCUCUUCCGGCAAUCGUUGAGACAAUUCCUUUGCUUUUGGCAAAACUUAAGCGUAUCGAAUACAUUGAUGUGGCCGAGCAGUCUUUAAUUGCACUUGAAGUUAUGUCGCGUCGUAAUGGCAAACAAAUUCUUCUGCAGGGAGGCAUUGCAUCAGCAAUUUCUCAUGUCGACUUCUUUUCUUUGCCUUCACAACGUCUUUGUUACCAGAUAUGUGCAAAUUGUGCAUUAAAUGUUUCUCAAAAUGAAUUUCACCUUGUCAAGGAUUGUUUGCCUGAUUUGACUCAGAGAUUAGUCUAUGUGGAUGACAAGCGUUGUGUUGAAUCGAUCUGUACAUUUUUCAACAGAAUUAUUGAAAAUAUGCGCCAAAAUGCUGAUCGUCUUCGACAAAUCACUGGUACUAGCUAUGAAUUUCUUCAAAAUGUUCAAAAGAUGUUGGCUAUACAACCAUCUAAUAUAACUCCUGGCAUUUAUUUGUCUCUUAUCAAAUCAAUUCGUUAUAUUGUUUCGCAAUGUUCUGAUGCUGCAUUAGCUCUUGUUCGAAUGGAUUUUGGCAACACAAUUAGAGCGUUGAUUGGACCUGAUCGGACUGAAAGCCCUUCAACUCCCAGUGCAUCAUCCGGUGAUUUGGGAGAGCGAAUUAAUAAUGGUAUUAAUUCGCGUCCUUCAGUUCAAAUUAAGGAGAUUAUUACAUUAAUUGGUCAACUAGUCGAAAAUUUGCCUCGUGGUGGAGAAGAAGUUGUUUCUUUAUUACAUCUUAUACCACUUCUAGUCGACAUUGGAAGCAACUCAACUUGUUCUCAAUUACGUAAUGAAUCUCUAAAUGUGAUGAGUUCUAUUGUUAAAAUGGUUGAUAAAGUUGACACUUUGGAGCCAAUUCUACGCGAUAUCCCGUUAGCUGUUUUUAUUACUCAAAUGUUGAGUUCUAAUCGAAAUCUUGGGACACUGCUUUCUAGUCUUCAACUUUCGAGAGUCUUGCUUGAUAAACUUCCACAAUUGUAUAUUCCAUUGCGUAUUUCAUGAA